AUGGGCAGGCCACAUACUGCGACCCUUCCCAUCAUCCCUCUCGCCAGAGGCACUGUCCUCCUGCCCGGUCUCGUGCAGCGAAUCCCCGUCAGUUCCAGCCGCCCCGACAUCCCCGCCCUCCUCGCCCACGUAUACGAACGAGCCGCCGCCAAAGGCCCCGACGGCCGCAUCGACGGCGUCCCCAUCGCCUGCGUCCCCGUCUCCUCUCCGCUCGUUGGUCCCACCGGUCAGCUGCUUAUCAACAAUGGCGAGGAUGUAGACGGCUCGCAGGUUGACGAGGUCAACCCCGGCACCGCCAAUAAGGAUGAUCUCUUUGGCUUUGGCGUGGCUGCCAAGAUCAUCGGCAUCGAUGGGCGCGGAGGCGGCGAGUUCGCGCUCCGGGUCGAGGCCACCGCUCGCGUCCGCGUUGACCAUAUCCUGCGAGAGCGUCCCUUCUUCGAGGGCAAGGUGACGUACUUUAGCGAUGCCAUCGACAUAGGCGACAAGCAGCUCCAGGACCUGUUCGGUCUACUCAAACUGCGCUCCAGGGAGCUCGUCACGAUCCUGCGCAUCUCGUCCUUGCUUCCACGCACAAAGGGAGGACCUAUGCUCUCACCGGCCAUCACGAAGCGACUUGAAAUGCUCAUCAUGAGGAGGGAGAUCAAAGAGGCCGGCCUGCUCGCGGAUUUCAUGGCUAAUCUCGUCGAGACGACACACGAAGAAAAGCUCAGCGUCUUGGCCGCCCUCGACGUCAAGGUGAGAAUCACAAAAGUGGUCGAAUUGCUCGAGCGACAGGUGGGAGGCAUCAAGAACAACUUCAAGAUCACGACCUUCACUUCCGUGCCUGUGCAGAUCCUGGACCGCCUCAACGACGGGCAGUCCAAGAAACCGAAUUCGAUACUACAGGUGCCCGGUAUGACUUUCAUGCCUGGCAAUGGCCAAAUGCCCUCAGGCCAGGACCAAAAUGAUGACCAGGAGGCCAAUGAGCUCGACGAACUCAAAAAGAAGCUUCAUGCCGCUCGCCUUCCCCCGGAGGUUGCCAAGGCCGUGGACAGGGAGCUGCGGCGACUUCAGAAGAUGAUGCCCAUGAACCAGGAGUACCAGGUUACCAGAAACUGGCUCGAGACCCUGUCCGAGAUCCCGUGGUCCGCCACGACGGACGACCGACUGGGGCCCGACACAUUGACCCGGGCUCGCAAGCAACUCGAUGACGACCACUACGGCUUGGACAAGGUCAAGAAGAGGCUGAUUGAGUACCUCGCCGUGCUGCGGCUGAAGCAGUCCAUCAACGACGAGGUCGACGAUAAGAUCCGACAAGCUGAAGCGGACGUUGGCGGUCCGGCACCUGACGACGCGACAUCUAGCCCAUCAGAUCCUGCGGCCCCGACCGAUGUAUCUGACCCUCACAGCGCCAAGCUAGAGAUGCUCAAGUCCCAGCGAAUGGUUGACAAGUCUCCUAUCAUGCUUCUUGUCGGCCCGCCCGGUGUGGGCAAGACGAGCCUCGCCAAAUCGGUCGCCACUGCCCUCGGCCGCAAGUUUCAUCGAAUUUCCCUCGGCGGCGUGAGAGACGAGGCCGAGAUUCGCGGUCACCGGAGGACGUACGUCGCAGCUAUGCCCGGCCUUAUCGUUCAAGGUCUGCGCAAGGUUGGCGUCGCAAACCCCGUCUUCCUACUUGACGAGAUCGACAAGAUUGGCUCUGCGAGCGUACAUGGCGACCCUUCUGCCGCCAUGCUCGAGGUGCUCGACCCCGAGCAGAAUCACACAUUCCACGACCACUACGUGGGCAUGCCCAUUGACCUAUCCAAGAUCCUCUUCAUCGCCACCGCCAACAGCCUCGACACCAUCCCUGCGCCCCUGCUGGAUCGGAUGGAAAUGAUUUACCUACCCGGCUACACAACGCUCGAGAAGCGCCACAUCGCCAUGCAGCACCUGGUCCCGAAACAGGUCCGCGUCAAUGGAUUAGCCGAGGAUCAGGUGGCCUUUGAUCAGGACGUCGUUUCCAAGAUCAUCGAGUCGUACACUCGUGAAUCAGGGGUUCGCAACCUGGAACGUGAGAUUGGCUCCGUCUGUCGCGCCAAAGCGGUCGAGUUCGCCGAGGCCAGGGACACCGGUCGCCUAGAAAUGUACCGCUCGCGUCUCACCGUAGACGACGUCGAGAGCAUCUUGGGCAUCGAGAAGUUUGAGGAGGAAAUUGCCGAGAAGACUAGUAGGCCGGGCAUAGUCACAGGUCUCGUGGCGUACAGCUCAGGCGGCAACGGGAGCAUUCUGUUCAUCGAGGUCGCGGACAUGCCCGGCAACGGCAGGGUGCAGCUGACGGGCAAGCUGGGCGACGUGCUCAAGGAAAGCGUUGAGGUGGCCCUGACGUGGGUCAAGGCGCACUCGUUCGAGCUGGGACUGACUGCCGAGCCUACCGUCGAUAUCAUGAAGGACCGCAGCAUUCACGUGCACUGCCCCUCGGGCGCCAUUCCCAAAGACGGCCCCAGCAGCGGGAUCGGCCAGGCCAUCGCUCUAAUCUCGCUGUUCUCUGGCAAGCCCGUCCCUCCUACUAUGGCCAUGACGGGUGAGAUAUCUCUCCGUGGCCGAGUCACCGCCGUCGGGGGCAUCAAGGAGAAGCUCAUCGGCGCGCUGCGGGCGGGUGUCAAGACGGUGCUAUUGCCCGCGCAGAACAGAAAAGAUGUCAAGGACCUCCCGCAGGAAGUCAAGGACGGCCUUCAGAUCUUCCACGUCAGUCAUAUUUGGGAAGCGAUUCGGCUGGUCUGGCCCGACUCCCAUUGGGCUGCUGACAGCAACUUUGCUGGCAUCGAGAGCCGACUGUGA